AUGCUCCGCCUCCUCACCGGCGGCCUCCGCCGCCCCCUCUCCACGGCCGCCUCGCGCCCGCCGUGGGCGCUGAUCCAGCUCACCUCCAUGGACAAGUCGGGGGCGCCGGCGCCGGGCGCGUCCUUCCACCUCGACGCGCCCCCGUUCCUCACCAACCUCACCGUCCCCGCCCACUUCGUCCACCCGCGCCCUCUCCUCGACCCCGCCACCGGCAAGCACGGCUCCGUCCCGGGCCAGGUCUGCGCCACCAGCGCCCACGGCUUCCUCCUCGUGCGCUUCUGGGAGUCCCGCUUCGGCUUCUCCGUCGGCGCCGGCGGCGACCACGGCGAGUCCCUGGUAUCCGCCAUACUCAACCUCUCCUUCACCGACAUGGACACCAAUCCGGAGACCACGCGCUUCGUCUGCAACCCGCUAAGCGGCGAGCUUUACCGCCUCCCGGACAUCGACGGCACCAAGAGGACCUCCGCCUGCAACCACCUCGGCAUCCUCACCCAAUCCCAAGGCGGGGACGCGGCCCCGGACAGGUACGCGGUAGCUGAGAUGUUCACCGCCGGAGGCAGGGAGGAGGCAGGAUUGGUCAUGAGGCGGUUUCUCUCCGAGACCGGGGAGUGGGAGAAGUUGGCAGGCUUGCCGUCCCCUCUGCCGGCUGGGCGGCAGAUGGACGUCGUCACCGCCGUGGUGGCCUUCGGCGACCGGCUGUGGUGGAUCGACGAGAGCUGGGGCGCCGUCUCGGUCGACCCGCUCAGCGACCGCCCGGAGCCCCGCUUCGUGGAGCUGCCCAGAGGCAGCGUGCUGCCUGACCUCAAGGGCAUGGUCUUCAUGAAGCAACUCGGCAGGUACCGCCGCAUGGGGGCCAGCGACGGCAAGAUGCGCUACGUCGAGGUGUCCAAGGACAGGCCCUACGUGAUCAGCGCCUUCUCCCUCGACGACGGGGGCACCUCCUGGACGCUCGACCACGAGGUGCCAUUUCUCCACAUCUGGAUGGACGAACGCAACCAGUUUCCGCCCUUGAAGGAGAUGCCGGCCAUUGGGGCCAUCGACCCGCUCAACGCCAAUGUGGUCUACCUCGUCUGCGGCAGCCAGCUUCUCGGCGUGGACAUGGUUAACAAGAAGGUUACCGGGAGCUCUCGUCUAGCUAUACCCCGUGUCCCCAUCCUACCAUGUGUGCUCCCGACAUGGCUGGAAUCAACCAAGAUCCCCUACGCAGGUUUCUGA